AUGACUCGAUUCAGCACUUUGUCGAUUGUUCUUUCUUUUAUUGCAUGCCUUUUCUCUUUGGUCCCGUCUAUUGCUUCACUUGCUGGGAUGACAGUGGAACUUUUGUCUUCUCCUAUCGAACCAGCUGUCUACGUACCUCCUUCCACAAUCGCCGGCAACGGGACUGCUACUGGUGCAAUUGCCGUCGACGGGACUGUCACUGGUGCAACUGCCGCCGACGGGACUGCCACUGGUGCAGCUGCCUCCAACGAGACCGUCGCAGCCGCUAUCAAUGGCACUGAUGCUGCUACUGCCAACGGAACUGAUGCAACCGCCCUCAACGGGACUGCGACUGGUGACAACGCGACCUCGGUAGCCUCUGGACUUAAUGCCACCAUCACCGAUGCGACAGGGGGCAAUGCGACAGCAGCCAACGUCACCGCUGUCACCGCAGCAGACGCAAAUCAAACAGUAACUUACCAUGCCGCAGAUGCUAGUGCCGGCCUUACCAACAUUGUAACUCAACUCAAUGCCACCAACCAGCUUCAAUCGGGAGCGAACAUCGUGAUCAUCGAUGCUCGGAGGACUCAGGUGAUCAUCAUCAUUGAUAACAAUAAUAACAAAAACCAAAAUAAUCGAAUAAUCGCAAAAACAAAGGGAACAAAGGGAACAACGGGAACAACGGGAACAAAGGGAACAAUAAUCAAAAUAAGCACAAGCUCACCAAAACCUCCAAGAAGGGUAAGAGUAAGGGGAAAGCCUUGA